UCCAAAGAAAAUAUUCAUAUGACGUCAAUUCCUCCGAUUUCUAAAUAUAGAAUGGACACAUGUUCCCGCUAGAGGAAACAGGCUGAAUUCAUUUACCAAAGAAAACUUUUGUUUAGCCUAUUGAUCAAGAAAAUCUGCCAGAAUGCCUUCUGAUGCCAAAAAGAAGCGAGCACAGCAAAAGAAAGAAUCUGCCAAGCGGGGAAAGAAACAACAGAAUGGAGCAGAUGAGGUGGAGAAUGGUACACAGGUUAACGGUUCGGCUGAAAAUGGAGAUGCCGAAUUAAAUGGUAUUACAGAGAAGCUUGACGAGAUGGAGUUGGCUGCCAAGUACCGGUCAUGUGCCGGUGUAUUGACCAGUCAUUCUGAAAGCAGGGAUGUCCAUCUUGACCAGGUGACAAUUCGGUUCCAUGGAGCAGAGUUACUGAUGGACAGCAAACUGGAACUGAAUAAUGGCCGUCGUUACGGGCUCAUUGGUCUCAAUGGAUGUGGCAAGACCACUCUGUUAGCUGCUCUUGCCAUGAGGGAGUUGCCGAUUCCUGACCACAUUGAUACGUUUUUUCUGCGUCGAGAGAUGCCACCGAGUGACAAGACGGCACUAGAGUGUGUUAUGGAGGUGGAUCAGGAGCGGAUACGACUGGAGAAGGAAGCCGAGAUACUGGCUACCAAGGAUGAUCAUGAAUCUCACGAUCGCCUAAUGGACGUUUAUGAGCGUCUUGAAGACAUUGAUGCGGACCACGCCUUGCAAAGAGCGGCAUUCAUCCUAAGUGGUCUUGGAUUUACACGGAAAAUGCAACAAACGCAAGUUAAACACUUCUCCGGAGGAUGGCGCAUGAGGAUUUCCCUAGCCAGAGCAUUGUUCAUCAAACCGGCACUGUUACUUUUGGACGAACCCACAAAUCACUUGGAUCUGAACGCCUGUGUGUGGCUGGAGGAAGAAUUGAAUAAGUACAAGCGCUGUCUGGUGAUUGUUUCCCACUCACAGGAUUUCAUGAACGGCAUGUGUACAAACAUCAUCCACAUGCAGAAUCAGAAGCUGAAAAUCUAUGGUGGUAAUUACGACAGCUACAUCCAGACCAGGUGGGAAUUGGAGGAGAAUCAAAUGAAGAAAUAUCGCUGGGAGCAGGACCAGAUAUCACACAUGAAGAACUACAUUGCACGUUUUGGUCACGGUAGUGCGAAGUUGGCACGACAAGCCCAGAGCAAAGAAAAGACACUGAAGAAAAUGGUGGACGGAGGAUUGGCUGAGAAAGUGACCACAGACAAGAACCUUUCGUUUUACUUCCCAAGCUGUGGAACACUGCCCCCACCCGUGAUCAUGGUACAACAUGUCAGCUUCAGAUAUAAUGACGACUCACCAUACUUAUACAAGAACCUAGACUUUGGAGUAGACUUGGAUACCCGGGUAGCACUUGUUGGCCCGAACGGAGCUGGCAAAUCUACACUGCUUAAACUGAUUGUCGGAGAUCUUGUACCAACAGAUGGUCUCAUCAGAAGACAUUCCCAUCUGAAAAUAGGCAGAUAUCACCAGCACUUGCACGAGAUCUUGGACAUGGAGAGUACGGCACUAGACUGGAUGAUGCUCAAGUUCCCAGCCAUCAAGGAGCGUGAGGAGAUGAGGAAGAUCAUUGGAAGAUACGGGCUGUCCGGACAACAACAGGUUGUUCCCAUGAGAAGCUUGUCAGAUGGUCAGCGUUGCCGAGUGAUAUUCGCCUGGUUGUCAUCUCAAAAUCCCCACCUUUUGUUACUUGACGAACCUACAAAUCAUCUUGAUAUAGAGACGAUCGACUCGCUAGCUGAGGCCAUCAACGACUUUGAGGGAGGCAUGAUUCUAGUUAGCCACGACUUCAGGCUUAUAUCACAGGUGACGGAAGAGAUCUGGAUUUGUGCGAAUGAAACUAUAGAGAAAUACCAGGGUGACAUUUACAAAUACAAGGAAAAGCUCGUGCAAAUCGUGAAAAAGGAGAAUGAGAGGCUCCUUAAACUGAAGAAAUGAUGACGGUGAAGACUUAGGUGGCUUACAUUAUCAAUUUAUUUAUUUCACGGAGUGCGUAAAGUUGACUGCCUGUGUCCUUGAUACAUUGUGAUAAUUCUUUGUCAAGGCCAGUUAACUGUGCGUUACUGUGAUUGCCUAUAGGACACUAUACAAUCGUCAUAAACAUGUAGUUAACCUUUGUCAGAGGUUAAAGAUUGAAAUUUGUAAAAAAUAUUAUCAAGAGGAUGUGUUUUAAGGUUGCCUAUAUAAUUUUGAUUUUCAAAUAGUCUCUUUACUUUUCAACUGUAUCCAUGGCAUUUAUUAUCGAGAUCGAGCUGUGCUAAUGCCUGAUUAACUUGGCUUAGGGUUAAUAUUUUAAAUGAGGAGUUUUAAUUGAACAGACACUAUAUAAAAUCGGAUUACAGAACUUCUAUUAAGACUUGUACAACAUCUACAAUACAUACGGGUACAUGUUUUCUAAUAAUUUGACCGCCCUCAAUAAUCACCUACCUUGUUCAGCAAAAUUAUAUAUAUUGAAUCCAACUACACAUGCAUUUGUAUGUCCAGGGUUAUCAGGUGACUUCUAAGUCUCCCUCCAUCAGUUCAACAAUAAUGAAUAUUUGUAUCUGGACAGUUAAUGUCAAUUAUCCAAUCGUUGAGACUUAUUUUACAUUUUAGAUAAUACAAAAUAUACAAUAAGGAAAAUUAACUUGAUUUGAAAACAGUGGUUGAACUUGACACAAAUCUCCAAGCCUGACACUAUUAAAAGGUACCCAGGGCUUGAAAGGUGCCCAGGGCUUGUUAUCUUAUUUUUAUAUUUUAUAGCAGUUUGAAUGUUCCAAUUUCUAAAGCCAUCAGUAAAGUAAGAAUUUGGGAUUUGACCUACUGUCUGUUUCGAUAGCUGUAACAAAUUUCAGAAUAUGAAGCUAAUGAUGAAUAUCACUAUGAUCCUAAGAUGGUUUGGUUCUUAUGGCAUAACAAAAAAAUCUCAGUUUAUCACUUGUAGUAUCAACCAACGGCUUUUUCAUUUUAUCAGUUUGACACAUGCUUAAAAAGCUGUUCUUGUAAUCGCAUGAUUUUCAAUAAAUCUCAUUUAUUUUGCUUUUUAAUGCGUAAAAGUUUCCAUUCUGUUGUUCACAUUUAUUGGAAGUAUUUACAUGUAUUACUCUAAGGCAUGUUUUGAAUAAAAAUGUGCAUUAUACAUUGUGAUAUUACUGUCAGAGCAAAUAUACAUAUGUUGCGUUUUCAUCUGUUUUAAUGUGAAUAUUCAACAUCUUUGUUUAGGGAUCCAAAUUUUUCAAAUGUUAGACACAUACUAAAAGCUUUUUUGUUAUAAUAACUUUCAAUGUUGUUAUUUAAGUCAUAUAAGCCAACAACUUCUCGAAAUAAAUUUUUAAAACUAAA